GCUAAGCGCGUGGUGUAAAUCAAUCGAAAGUGCUCUCUCUGCUCUCUCUGCUCUCUCUCUAUUGGUGUCAAGUGUCUCUCUUUCGUUGUCCAACACUCCGAUCAAAUCCUCCGUCGUGUUUGCAUGGCGUUUGCUCCGAUUCUCCGCCGGGCUUCUGCGGCUAAGAACCUCCUGUCGUUGACCAGACUCGCCGUCGGCUCUUCAAUCUCCUCCAGGUCUCUGCAAACCGGAGCCUCCGGCGAUGAUUCUCCUCAAUCCAUGGGUGGGUAUCACGUGAGCUCCGGCGGAUUCAUGCGUGGAGCCGUGUAUCGCGAGCCCAAUCAGCCUCUAACCAUCGAAGAGUUUCAUAUCCCUCGGCCUAAAGUCAAUGAAAUUCUCAUCAAAACCAAAGCUUGUGGGGUUUGUCACUCUGAUCUUCAUGUGAUGAAAGGAGAGAUACCAUUCUCUAGUCCUUGUGUUAUUGGUCAUGAGAUCACUGGUGAAGUAGUUGAACACGGUCCUCUUACUGAUCACAAGAUCAUUAAAAGAUUUCCAGUUGGGUCUCGUGUAGUUGGAGCUUUCAUUAUGCCUUGUGGAACCUGUUCUUAUUGUGCUAAGGGCCAUGAUGAUCUGUGUGAAGACUUCUUUGCUUACAACAGAGCUAAGGGAACUCUUUACGAUGGCGAAACUCGUCUCUUUUUAAGACAUGAUGAUUCACCAGUGUAUAUGUACAGUAUGGGAGGGAUGGCUGAGUACUGUGUCACAUCAGCUCACGGGUUAGCUCCUCUACCAGAUUCUUUACCCUACACUGAAUCUGCGAUUCUAGGGUGUGCUGUUUUUACAGCAUAUGGUGCUAUGGCUCAUGCUGCUGAGAUCCGUCCUGGAGAUUCUAUUGCAGUUAUUGGAAUUGGUGGUGUUGGUUCCAGUUGUUUGCAGAUAGCGAGGGCUUUUGGAGCCUCGGAUAUAAUUGCUGUGGAUGUUCAGGAUGAUAAAUUGCAGAAGGCCAAGACACUUGGUGCUACUCAUAUUGUCAAUGGUGCUAAAGAAGAUGCUGUUGAAAGGAUAAGAGAAAUAACCGGUGGGAUGGGUGUUGAUGUUGCUGUUGAAGCCCUGGGAAGGCCCCAAACUUUCAUGCAGUGCACACUAAGUGUGAAAGAUGGUGGAAAAGCUGUGAUGAUUGGACUCUCAAAAGCUGGUUCCGUUGGAGAAAUUGACAUAAACCGACUUGUUCGUAGGAAGAUAAAAGUUAUAGGGUCAUAUGGAGGAAGAGCAAGACAGGAUCUUCCUAAAGUAGUGAAAUUGGCAGAGUCAGGGAUUUUCAAUCUAACAAACGCAGUUUCAAGUAAAUACAAGUUUGAAGAUGCAGGCAAAGCAUUUCAAGAUCUCAACGAAGGCAAAAUCGUUAGCCGAGGUGUUGUUGAGAUACUAUAACAAUAAUAGCUAUCUGGUUCCUGUUUGGUAAUGACUUGAUCUGUUUUUUUAGUUGCUAGCUGCUACAAUCUUACAGACAAGUUUUUCUUACUUGUGUUUGCUUCAUUGUGCAUUGCAAGUUAGCAAUGUCUUCCGAGUUGUCCUUUUUGAACAUUGUUCUUGUCUCUUGAUCAUCAAUAAAAAGAAGCAUUGUAUGUAUAACC